AUUACAGAAAACAACUCAGCAGAAUGUUCCUCUUGGUGACUUUAAAGGAAGCAGCUCCCUACCUAACACCUAACUCAUUAAGGGAUAGCUGUUCUAUGGCCUUGGUGCAAAAGGGAGGAGGGGCAGGAUCGACUGUACAGUGAAACAGAACUCGUUAAAACCUUUGGAGUCACCCAGGAGCAAUUGUUCUUGCCUUCCCUUGGACAUAGUUCUUUGUCUUCGAUGGCCUUUCAGGAUCUCCUGGAUCAAGUUGGCAGCCUGGGGAGAUUCCAGAUCCUUCAGAUGACUUUCAUUUUGAUCUGCAAUGUCAUAAUGGCCCCUCAUUCUCUACUGGAGAACUUCACUGCAGCCAUACCCAGUCAUCGAUGCUGGGUCCCCAUCCUUGACAAUGCUACUGUCUCUGAUAAUGAAAGUGGGAUUCUGAGCCAAGAUGACCUCCUGAGGGUCUCCAUCCCCCUGGACUCCAACCUGAGGCCAGAUAAGUGCCGUCGCUUUGUCCAACCACAGUGGCAUCUCCUUCAUCUGAAUGGCACCUUCUCCAAUGUGACAGAGCCAGACACAGAGCCCUGUGUGGAUGGCUGGGUAUACGACCAAAGCACCUUCCUCUCCACCAUUGUGACUGAGUGGGACUUGGUGUGUGAAUCUCAGUCGCUGGAAUCAAUAGCUAAGUUUCUAUUCUUGACUGGUAUGUUAGUAGGAAAUAUCAUCUAUGGCCGCUUAACGGACAGGUUUGGGAGGAGGUUACUCUUCAUAUGUGCUUUACUGCAAGCAGCUGUCACUGAAACCUGUGCAGCACUUGCCCCCACCUUCCUCAUCUACUGCAUACUACGUUUCCUGGCAGGGGUUUCCGUCUCAACUUUUUCGACGAACAGUGGCUUGCUCAUAAUAGAAUGGACGAAACCUAAAUUCCAAGCCAUGGCAACAGCACUGUUGCUAUGCGCUGCAGCGACUGGGCAGGUAACAUUGGCAGGCCUGGCUUUUGCUGUUCAAUCCUGGCACCACAUCCAGCUGGCACUGUCUGUACCAAUAUUUUUCUUACUUGUACCCACAAGGUGGAUGUCAGAGUCGGCUCGGUGGCUGAUUGUGAUCAACAAACCUCAAAAGAGCUUAAAGGAACUUAGAAAAGUUGCACACAUAAAUGGAGUGAAGAAUUCUGGAGACAUCCUAACCAUGGAGGUUGUAAGAACCACCAUGAAGGACGAGCUGGAGGCCUCACAAACAAAAUCUUCCCUGUGGGACUUGUUCCGUACACCCAACCUGCGCAAGCGGAUAUGUCUCCUGUCUCUUGUGAGGUAG